GGAAGAAAGAAGCAGGCAGAGGAAAGAGGCAGGAGGGUGUAGGGGAGAGGCAGUAAAAAGGAGGUUGCAGGGAGACGCGAAAAAGACCCGAGGAGAGCGGGAAGUGCAGGAGAGAGGGAAUAAGACCUCGGCCGCUAGCCGGACGGCCGAGGGGCUUGCCGGUAGCGGGUGGCGAGCGCGGGAAAGGCCGGCCAGCCGCGUGAGGGGCGCGAGGCCCGGCUCAGCUCCGGGGAGGGCGGGGGAGGAUGAGCCGGGCGCGGGCGUGGGCGAGGCUGCUGGAUGGAGCCCCCGAGGCGGAGCCGCAGAACCUGGCUCGGGCCGGGGCCGCACGUCCGGAUCCCCGCGGCUCUCCCUGGGCCUGGGCUGAGGAGAGCAACAACAUCCGACUGCCAGAAAUAAAAAAUAACUUAGAAGAAAACAUUUCCAGAAAAAAAGUGUCAAAAACUCGUUAUAAUACAUCUCUCUGUUAUUACACUCGAAAAUUUAUGGACCUUCUCAAAGCUGCACCCAGUGGUGUUCUUCAUUUAAAAGAGGUUGCUGCAAUAUUAGGAGUAAAGAAACGAAGAGUGUAUGACAUCACCAAUGUAUUAUAUGGAAUCAAACUCAUUCAGAAAAGGUCUAAGAAUUGUAUUCAGUGGAUAGGAUCUGACUUCAGCAGUAUGGAUAGAAAGAUAGCACAGCAAAAGAAGCUAAGGGAUGAACUUUCUAAUUUAUCUGCAAUGGAAGACACUUUGGAUGAAUUAAAUAAAAUCUGUGCUCACCAGUUAUUUGAAUUAGUAGAUGACAAAGAAAAUGCUAAGUUAGCUUAUGUAACCUAUGAAGAUAUCCAUAGCCUUCAGGCCUUCCAUGAGCAGAUUGUUAUUGCAGUCAAAGCUCCAGAAGAAACCAAAUUGAAUGUUCCACCUCCCAAAGAAGACUCUAUAACAAUACACAUAAAAAGCACAAAAGGACCCAUUGAUGUGUAUUUGUGUGAAAUGAAGCAGGAAAGUACAACUGACAAUUUGUAUGAAGACACGGAAUGCAAAUUUUCUGAAAACUAGUAUAUAGUACAUAUCGAUGAAGAAGGAAAUCUGCAGCACUUUUAGUUAAGUAGAAAGGAAAGCAUUUGAACAAUCUUGAAUAGGAACAUUUGAAUGGAGUCGCUUGACAAGUUUGUUUGAACACAAGAGAUAUUCACAUUUCCAGUUUCAAAUUUAUUCAGAACAAUAAUAUGCUCAUGGUGGAUUUCUGUGCCUAGCUGAUAUUAAUGUUAUGAUCAAGUCAUGUUUUAAGUGGGUCACUUGUAUGCAAUAUCAUUAGCCUAUUGAUUUUUUUCUUGGAGAAAAUACACAGUUUGUAAAUAUUUGUGAAAAUUCUAUUUAACAAUGAAGCAGUUCAACAAUUGAAGGUGUUGGGCAAGUAGAGCAGUUUUCCUAUCAAAAUAAGUUAGUAAAAACAAUAUCUUUCAGAAAACAGAUGUGUAAUUGCCUCUAAAGCAUAAGUAUGAAUCUGGAGUCAAAGAAAUUGGGUUUUCCAGGAGAUCAUUGUACAUGGCAAUAACAAGAUUAUACAAUCAUCAAUUUCUGAUGGACAUGGCUCUUUU